GAGAGUGCGUCCUAGACUUAAACCAUUCAACACAGACAGUUUAAAAGUACAUCCUUUAAAGCUAAAAGGUCAGGAUUACGGAGAGAGCAGAAUGGAGAUGCGUGAAGACGAUUAUGCAAAUGUGGAGGAAUUAAGGAGUCCUAAGACCAGAGUUAACCAGGAACCCAAGACCUCAGUUUCCAGAAUUAACACUGCAGGGAGCAGAUGCUACAGACUGGCUGCAGUGUGUCUGGGGCUGCUGUGUGUUCUGCUGCUGGCUGCCAUCACAGUGCUGUGGAUCAAGUUUACUGCAGAGAGAGACCAGUUACAGACCAGUAAUGACAACAUGAAGAAUGAAAUGGGCCAAUUACAGAAAGAAAAGGAAACGCUUCAGAAGAAACUGUCAGAAUUAGAGCAAGAAAAGAACACUUCCAGAUACAGUUUCUACUACACCUCUACUGAGAAGAAGAGCUGGAGUGCGAGCAGACAGUACUGCACAGAGAGAGGAGCAGACCUGGUGAUCAUAAACAACAAAGAAGAACAGGAGUUCAUCAGUAAAGUAUUUGGCAGCACUGAAGCUUGGAUUGGUCUGACGGACAUGGAGAAAGAGGGGUUCUGGAAAUGGGUGGACAACUCAGACUUGACCACUAAGUUCUGGUUUGAGGGGGAACCCAAUGAUUAUAAUAGAAAUGAGGACUGUGCUGUAUCUGGCUAUAAAAAUGCUGGAUCGGAACGUGUAUCAACCUGGGCUGAUUAUCCCUGUAAUGACCCUGACAUUAAAUGUCUAGGUUAUGUCCCUACUGCCCUUAAAACUUCUGCUAUCACUCCCAUUCUUAAGAACCUGUAUUUACAAAACUCAGCUGCUGGAAUACUCAACUUGCGGCGACAGCAGCAAGGAAAAACUCCCAGUAAGGAAGAGACCAUGAGAGGAACUAAGACUCAACAGGGGAUCCCAUCCUCCUCUAGUCAACACUGGAUUACGAAGAUUGUGUUAAACGUGGCAGGCAAUGGGGCUGGAUGA